UUCGGCUCUAUGGGGCGAGUAAAGCAACGGGACCAUUCCCCUCGCCACAAAAUCAUAAUAUUUCUCACUGCCCUCGCGGGUCGCCUGGCCUGAAGCUGUUUCUACCCCACUUUGACGUUUUGCAAGCAUACUUUUUUUUUUUCUCAGACCAUAGUAAUUACAGUAGUGCGUUAGGCACUAUUAAUAGGCCUUUCCAAGUAGUUUAUUUAAUCCGCGUUGUAAAUCGUGUGGGACAAGUAUAGACCUCCUACCUAGGGUUGUGGGGAUUGAAGCAGAACAACGCUUGGCACAUAGUUAUGGUCACAAAAGAGAGAUUAUGAAAGUUAUUUAUGCUCCCUGCUACUCCCUGAAGAAUCUCGAAGCUCUGCUUUGGCACUGAGGGCUUUCAAUGUGGAACUGGCUCAGGCUGGUCAAGGACUCUGUUUCUGAGAAAACAAUUGGACUGAUGCGAAUGCAGUUCUGGAAAAAAGCUGUUGAAGACAUAUACUGUGACAAACCACCACAUCAACCAGUAGCCAUUGAACUAUGGAAGGCUAUAAAAAGACAUAACCUGACUAAAAGAUGGCUUAUGAAAAUCAUUGAUGAAAGAGAAAAAAAUUUGGACGACAAAGCAUAUCGUAAUAUCCAGGAACUUGAAAAUUAUGCUGAAAACACACAGAGCUCUCUUCUUUACUUGACACUAGAAAUAUUGGGAAUAAAGGAUCUUCAUGCAGAUCAUGCUGCAAGUCACAUUGGAAAAGCACAAGGCAUUGUCACUGUCCUAAGAGCAACUCCUUUUCAUGGAAGCAGAAGAAAAGUGUUUCUUCCCAUGGAUAUUUGUAUGCUGCAUGGUGUUUCACAAGAGGACUUUCUACGGAGGAACCAAAAUAAAAACAUGAGAGAUGUAAUAUAUGACAUUGCCAGCCAAGCACACUUACACCUAAAGCAUGCAAGGUCCUUCCACAAAAGUGUUCCUGUGAGAGCGUUUCCUGCUUUUCUUCACACAGUGUCUGUAGAGGAUUACCUGAAGAAAAUUCAGCGAGUUGAUUUUGACAUAUUCCACCCAUCUUUACAGCAGAAGAACACACUACUUCCAUUAUCUUUGUAUAUUCAGUCAUGGAGGAAAAGAUAUUAAAGUAAUUUUAUGGUAUUGA